CUUCUACAAAUGCACACUAGGGAUCUGAUGCAGGCAUCUAAUGGAGAUGUGAUCAUAACUUUCACGGAUGCUUGGUAUGUGCCUCAAAGAGAGCAAGUUAUGCGGUGUUAAUAAAAGAAGAUGCAAGAAAUUUACAGUGAUAAUGCGGGAUCACACAUCCAGUGUUAAUGUGCAGGAGCUGCUGAGGCACUCUCACAUGGAGUUACAGUGGAUUCAGAGACAGCUUGCCAUGAUCACUGCCAGGAGCACACACCAUCACCACAUACCCUCCAAGGCAAAGUCAAAGUUUGAGGUGUCAUCCCAACCUGGCCAUUCUUUUCAAAAUGUGAGUCGUUUUCGCCUCCUGGAAGAGAGAAAUCGAGUUUUGAGACAAGAAGUGGCUGCUCUACGCCAAGAGAAGCAGCAAUACCGCAAACUGAGAGCAAAGCUCCAUGCUGCUUUGCAGGAGAAAAAUCGUCUCAACCUCGAGCUGAUUGGCCGUCACCUGAAGGCAUCCAAGUAUGACCAGGUGCAGUCCGACUUCGAUCAGCUGAAAGAGACAUUUGCUGUGGUAAGCCAAGAGAGAGACACGGCCCAACAGCAGCGCAGCCAACUUCAAGGCAAGGUCGAGAACCUGGAACAGGUUCUAAAGCAUAUGCACGAAACUGUCCAGGUGAAGCAUCAGCCACAGACGGAGCAUGAGCAGGCCUUGGCGGCCCUUCACACCAAGCAAAAGGAGAUCCAUCAAUUGCAAAAGGCCCGGCUUCAAGCUGACCAUGACCAUGAGCAAGCCGUCCAACUUUUAGAGGUCCAGAUUUGUGACCUGGAGCCGACAUGCAGGUCACAGAGUGAACACUUCCAUCCGCUUUCCAAAGAGCUGCUGAAUUUCAGUUUACAAUCCCGUCCUGUGGAGAUCCUCCUGAGUAAAGCCCCCACCAAAUCCUCCAAUUUCCUCCCGACAGAGGAGGAGCUCCCAAAAGUCGUUGUCGGAUUUGAAACCCAGCCAGAAGCAGGCGAUGAGAGAGCACCAAACACACCACCACUGAUCUCCCAGUUCUUGCAGUGCCCACAGCAGACUGGAGACAGGGAAAGACCAGAUUGGCCGUCUGUCAAGUCCCGCACCGUGAAAACGGACCGUACCUGCUGCACUCAGCAGCUGACCACAUCAACGCUACAGAUGGAGGAUGAACCAAGCCCAUCAACCAGGUCCAGGCCUCGCUACACAGGCCAGGUUCGCCUUUGCACUGCCCGAUACAGUUAUAAUCCCUAUGAUGGACCAAAUGAACAUCCUGAAGCCGAACUCCCACUUGUGGCCGGGAAGUAUUUGUACGUUUAUGGCAAUAUGGAUGACGACGGAUUCUAUGAAGGUGAGCUGCUGGAUGGCCAGCGAGGACUUGUGCCAUCAAACUUUGUAGAGUUUGUCCAAGACAAGGAGAAGCUGUCAAUUCAAGAUGGAGAUUGUAGAGAAGAUCUUGGCCCAGUGGAUCAUAAACCGCUUGCCUUGAUGUCUGUGGAUGGAGGAUCCGGCCAAGAUGGUCUCUUGAGCUCGGCGAAUGCCUUGGUUCCCUGUAGCAACGGGACUGUGGCGCCCCUGGACCCCGAGGACCUGGCUGAAGACGUUGUGCCUUAUCCCCGAAAGAUCACUCUGAUCAAGCAGCUGGCGCGAAGCGUCAUCGUGGCCUGGGAGCCUCCAGUUGUGCCUUUGGGCUGGGGGAACAUCUCUGGCUAUAACGUGUUGGUGGAUGGCGAGCUACGGGCCAGCAUACCUUUCGGCGGGCGUACCAAAUGCUUGCUGGAGAAACUGGACCUUGACGGAUGUGUUCACCGCGUUUCGGUCCAGAGCGUCACAGACAGGGGCUUGUCGGACGAGCUGCGCUGCACUCUUUUAGUUGGGGCCAACGUGGUGGUGGCACCUUGCGGCCUCCGAGUAGAUGACAUCCAGCGGGACACGGCUGAGCUCUCUUGGUUGCCUAGUAACAGUAACUAUGGUCACACGGUCUUACUGGAUGGUGUGGACCACGCAGUCUUAAAGCCGGGGAGGUAUAGACUACGCUUCUUCAACCUAAAGCCGCUGACGGUGUACAAAGUGACUGUGGCGGCACAGCCGCAUCAGGUGCCAUGGCAACUGCCUCUGGAGCAGAGGGAGAGGAAGGAAGCAGGAGUGGAAUUCUGCACUCAGGCUGCAGGUCCAACACCCUAUUGCAGAACAGGCCCUCCUCUGCCUCCACAAGAUGUACAGGUGCUCUGUGGGCAGGCACCUGGGGUACUACAGGUCCGAUGGAAGCCCCCUCUUCUGUCUCCUACAGGCACAUCCAAUGGAGCCAAUGUCCUUGGUUAUGCUGUCUGCACCAAAGGGCAGAAGAUAGCGGAAGUGAUGUUCCCAAUGGCAGACUACGUGACUGUGGAGCUGACAAGGAUACAGUGCCUGGAGGCCAGGGAGGUCAUUGUCAGGACACUGUCUGCACAGGGAGAAUCCCAGGACUCCCACGUCGCUGUCAUUCCAAACAACCUGCUCGUGCCUCUACCUCCGCUUCCCCUGCCGGCGCCGAUACACCCUCACCCCCACCCCCACGCCCAGCCUCACCUUACAUCCCCUCACCAUCCUCAUGCCACCCCACAGAUUCCCGCCCCACCACAAGCCCACGGUCCACCGCUACCACCCCAUACCCAUCCUCCACACCCUCAACACCACACAAGAGUCCCUCACCCAGGAGUGCCCCAGCCAAACCAGAGUCGACUGCCGCAUCCUCAUACGCAGCCCCCGCACCCCCAUCAAGGUCCCAGGCCCCAGCACCGACUGCCUCUGCAACCCCACGCUCACCCCCACCCGAUACCUCAGAGACCAGUAAGUGCCAGAGACCUGGAUGCCAAAGAGCAAGCCGCCCACCAUAUGGCCGCCCCGCCUGGUUGGGACCUUGCCCGAUCCCCAUCCUCCCAGUCACCUGUACCCAUGCAGGGCCACACUCUUGAGCCCCCACCUCCUGGUAAUCCACGUUCCCCCUCACCUCAGAGGAUUCUCCCACAGCCGAGAGGGACUCUCAUCCCAGACAAUGUGGCCAAAGCUAUUGCCCGGGAAGCGGCGCAGAGGGUGGCGGCAGAAAGCGGCAAGGGGGACCGGAGACCUGUUGGCUACGCCGAACAGGGUCAGUCCUUUCACCAGCAUCACUCGGAUGAGGAAGAGGAAGACGGGGAAGGGUUCACGCGUCGCCGACGAAGGGGGCCGUCAGUCGAUGAGUUCCUUCGAGGCUCUGAGCUAGGAAGGCCGCCCCACUAUAGUCACAAUGAAGAUUAUCACAGCGAGAGCAGCCGUGGCUCUGACCUGUCUGACAUCAUGGAAGAGGAUGAGGAGGAGCUGUACUCAGAGAUGCAGCUGGACGAGGGACGUCGACGCAACUCGCACAACACACCCAAGUUAAACACUCCCUCUAGAGGCCGUCAUGACCGGGAGAGCGGGCGAAGGAUUCAUCACAGUGGUGUGCAGCCUCAGAGACGACCUCUGAUGGUCCCUGCCAUCGAAGUAACCUCUGAGAAUAACAGUGAGGGAAACAUGUCCCCCUUCACCGAGGAGAAUAACUAUGGCAGAGUAGCUCGGGUCAGGACGAGGUCUUCCCGCAGGCAUGGGGGCGGCACCAGGUCUCCCCAUGAUGGCUACAGAGAUCGUCACUCUCCCACUUACUUUGAUGAGUCGGAGCCAGAGGAAGCCUUUCGGGUAUUUGUGGCGCUCUUUGACUACGACCCUCUGUCCAUGUCCCCUAACCCAGACGCAGCUGACGAGGAGUUGCCUUUUAAGGAGGGCCAAAUUAUCAGGAUAUAUGGUGAUAAAGAUACAGAUGGAUUCUACAGAGGAGAAGUGAGGGGUCGAAUGGGUCUUAUCCCAUGUAACAUGGUGUCCGAAAUACGAGCGGAGGAUGACGAAACCAUGGAUCAGCUCAUUAAACAGGGAUUCUUGCCUCUCAGCACCCCAGUGGACAGAUUAGAGCAGAACAGAGGACCCUUGCGUCGAGGUGAGGCCUCCAGGAGGAUGGUGGCUCUUUAUGACUAUGACCCUCGAGAGAGCUCACCCAAUGUUGAUGUUGAGGCUGAGCUGACCUUCUGCACUGGUGACAUCAUCGCAGUAUUUGGUGACAUUGAUGAAGACGGUUUCUAUUAUGGUGAGAUCAACGGUCACCGUGGUCUGGUUCCCUCUAACUUUCUGGAAGAAGUGCCUGACGACGUGGAGGUGUAUCUGACUGAUACGCCCUCCCAGUUACCCCCCGAGGAGCCUGUCAACCGGCUCCCCGCCAACUCCGCCGCCACCGUCCCGGAGGGCAAACGGAUCACCACAGAAACCCUCGUCGACAACGAUGUCACACCUGUCCGCGCGCCGUCCCCAAUCGUCCGCCCCCUGCUACCGGGCACCAUGAGACCCCUCAGCCCAACAAGGGUUCCCCCUGGCCUCCCUCUGGAAUCAAGGGACCCUCAAGAUUUAGCAAACAAGAAGAAGAAAGGACUCCUCUCAAAGGGAAAGAAGUUACUAAAGCGACUAUCCCCUGCCAAAUAAAAGUCUAGAUGUACAUUCAAUUUCUCCGUGACCCAAAUCAACGACGUUCUGUUUUGUGCCAAAACCUAGAGAGAAGCAACUACACACACACACA